CUUACUCCUCUAAGCCCCUAGAUCCACCACCUAACUGCCCUCUCCGUAUCCUCUUACUUAACCUAAUCCGCCCAAUAUGACAAGAAAUUAUGAUGCUAGCGAACCCUUGAUGGUGGUUAUAUUAUCGCGUGGUUAUUAAGUUCUCGAGGAUUAGUAGAACGCGAGAUUUAAAGAUAUAUAAAUUAAGACAUAAGAUAGCCGGCGAAAUCGACAGCGAUCUUGUGCUCGCCCACCUUCUACUCUUCCAGCUCCGGACGCAAUCUACGCUAUUCCCGGUCGGACAGCGGUCAAAAGAAAACCGGAGAUCCCGGUGUGUCCCGUCACCGCCCCGCUGUCGCCUUCACCCCUCCUCUCGUCCGCCCCCAUGGGCUCCGUCUCCCUCAAGAUCGGUGACGGCACCGCCCGGUUCCGCCGCGCCACGCUUUGCUCCUCCGCCCUCCACCUCCUCAUGCUCGCCUCCGUCGUCUCCACCAACCUCUUCGCCUUAUACGUCUUCACCUACUCCCCCUCCGCCACCGCCACCGGCGGCGGCCACAAGAACCUCUCCGUCAUCUCCGAGCACGUCUCCCUCAUCCUCCGGGAGAUCGAGGCCUCCGAGCGCCGGCUCCACCAGAUCGAGCGCGAGCUCGCCGGCUACGACACCCUCGACCCCGCCAAGCCCGGCCUCCCUUCCGAGCUCAAGCUCUUCCUCGGCCGCCACCCGCUCCCCCUCGGCCGAGACGCCCGCUCCGGCAUAACCGCCAUGGUCUCCUCCGUCGCCCACUCCUGCGCCCGCCCUGCCGCCGCCGCCCUUCUCUCCGACUUCAUGUCCUACCGCCCCGCCGCCCCCUGCCCCACCGCCGACCCCCUCCUCCCCUCCAAGCUCAUCUCCAAGGCCUGCGAGCCCCUCCCACGCCGCCGCUGCCUCUCCCGCCCCCCUGCCGGCUCCCCCCGGCUCCCCCUUCCCCGAUCCCUCUGGAACCCCAACACCAAGAACCCCGGCGCCGGCCUCAACGGCAUCGACAAGCAGAUGUGGAUCAAGCCGACAGGGAAAAAUGACUUCUUGAUCGACGACGUAUUGGCUCUGGGCGGCGGCGGCAUCCGCAUUGGCUUCGACAUCAAUGGUGGUGCCGGGAACUUCGCGGCGAGGAUGGCCGAGCGGAAUGUUACUAUAGUGACAUCAACACUCGAGCUCGGCGGCAAGCCGAUGAAUGAAUUUGUGGCCGCCAGGGGGCUGUUCCCGCUGCUCAUGUCGCCGGCGCAGAGGUUUCCAUUCUACGACUCGGUGUUCGAUCUUGUGCACAUCAUGAAUGCAUUGGAUGAGGGAGGUGCCCCGGCACUGGGGCCAGCCGGCCGGCCGGAGGCGCUGGAGUUCUUGAUGUUCGACAUCGACAGAAUCCUGAGGGCUGGAGGCUUGUUCUGGCUUGACAACUACCUAUGUGUUGAUGAUGAGAGGAAGCGGACUGUGACGAGGCUUAUCGAGAGGUUUGGAUUUAAGAAGCUUAAAUGGGUGGUUGGGGAGAAGGCCGAUGCUGCUGGCAUAGGAAAGACUCAGGUGUACCUCUCCGCAGUUCUGCAGAAACCGGCAAGAGGAUGACUUGUGGCAUUACUACUGCCAAGGAGGACGGCGGAGAGCUCAUCUCUGUCUGGUGUCAGCAGUGUAGCCUCCUUUAGUUCAGCAACCAUGCGGGCCUGCAGUUUGUGUGUGCUACUUCAGUAGUGGAUUGCCGUGAGAUCUGAUAUUUCUACCACCAUCAGUCAUGUGGUUGACUUUUAUAAUGGCUCCUAAAAGUCUUAUACUCAAAGAUGUAUCAUAUAUCUUCCCUCAUCAUAACAAACUGUCUUAAUUUUUUAAGCAGUAUCUGUUCUAAAUGUCAUUGCAUUCGUGAAUAUAAAUCAAUAGCAUUGUCAAAUACUUGGGAGGUAAUAUAAAUAGUGGCAACUUAGGUACUGCAAAUUGUUAUAUUAUCAA